CGGGGAGGGGCGGGGAUACACGGAGAGGCCUUAUCCGGCAGCACUGGGCUGCGGUGCCUGCCGGGGUUUGCGGUUAAGGCCGGUGUCGUCCCUGGGCCCGGGAAGAUGGUACUGGGUGGUUGCCCGGUGAGUUACUUACUCCUGUGCGGCCAGGCGGCUCUGCUGUUAGGGAACCUACUGCUCCUGCACUGUGUCUCUCGGAGCCACUCGCACAACGCUACGGCCGAGCCCGAGUUCACAUCCGCUGGCGCCGCCCACCUAGAAAGCUCCGCGGGCGCUCCGAGCUGGGAAUAUGGCGACCCCCACUCUCCGGUCAUCCUUUGCUCUUACCUACCUGAUGAAUUUAUAGACUGUGAAGACCCAGUGGAUCAUGUUGGAAAUGCAACAGCAUCCCAGGAACUCGGUUAUGGUUGUCUCAAGUUCGGGGGUCAGGCCUACAGUGAUGUGGAACACACGUCAGUCCAGUGCCGGGCCCUGGAUGGAAUUGAAUGUGCCAGUCCCAGGACCUUCCUACGAGAGAAUAAACCUUGUAUUAAGUAUACCGGACACUACUUCAUAACCACUUUGCUCUACUCUUUCUUCCUGGGGUGCUUUGGAGUGGAUCGUUUCUGUCUGGGACACACUGGCACAGCAGUAGGGAAGCUGUUAACACUUGGUGGACUUGGGAUUUGGUGGUUUGUUGACCUUAUUUUGCUUAUUACUGGAGGGCUGAUGCCGAGCGACGGCAGCAAUUGGUGCACUGUUUACUAAAAAGAGCUGCUUUUUGGCCCAGAGACACACGUCUUCUGAAUUCACCUCUACAUGCUGAGAACUCUUCCUUGAUAUCAGACGUCACUAUCGCUUUCCCUCUUUGGAGGGAAUAGGUUUGAUUAGGAAAGUUUCUUUGGACUUUGGGUUUUCAACCCGAAUUUUACCUUGCAGACAAGCAAUGGCAAACAGUGUUUGAGAACCAGGUUUGUAACUUUCCUCGUGUAUAUAAAGGAUAUUGACUUAUAAUCUGCAGAAAGCUUUCCAUACUCUUUUAUUUCUGUACAUUGGCAUAUCUUCAGUCCUUUGGAGCACGUGGACCGAAGACAGGCAAAGUGAGUAUUUGUAGCCUUGUACCUUUGGUGACCCUGAAUCUUCAUGCAGAAAAGAUCUGAAGCUGAAGCAAGGAAAACCUUCAGCAGAAGUAGAAAUGGCCAGGGGUUUUUAACACUGACAUCCUGACUUUAUGGACUUAAAUUGCAGAAUAAAUUUUGCCAACCUGAAAUGCUGUUUGGAUAUUUUCAGUAGGUAGAGUGAAACUCAAGAUUAUGUUUGUUUUGCUCGAAUCAAGGUGUUUGAAACUAACCACCUUACUAACAAAUCCUAAUAGUUCAUCAUUAUUAUUGUCCAGAGGCAGUAUAUUAUACAGUACUAUAAUUUCUUCAUUAUGUUUUGAAAGCUAACAAUAUCAGAUAUGUCUGAGUCAAGCAUGGCAGAAUUUUCCUAUCUAAAAAUUAGUAUUUACCAGUUUAGAGAGCUCAUGUUGCAGACUGGUAGAAAAGAUUUCAUACAACUGUAAAACUGUUCUUCACGAUGGGCCAAGAUAUGGAGCCCUUAUGCCCUUGAAAAGGAAAACAGACUCUUAAAGGAUAUUGAGUGUUGGGUAGAGUCAAGAUGUGAUUUACGGGGGCAAAGAGAAACUGAACACAUUCUGUCAAAAUAAGCCUGGUACCCAAGCUCCCACGGUGAGCUAUAGCAGUCAGUCCUGGGGAAAGACACAGCCACACUUCUGCAUUCCUGAGUCACUAGGAAUUAGCAGGAAAUGUUCCAAAUUAUAAAUGGUCUUAAAAAUAUGGUUUUCAUGCCUUGUAAUCUAAGUUGAAAGAGCUGUUAAUAUAAAGUGGAAGGAGGACUUUGUGGACAAAGUGGACUAAGAGCCUGCUCUUCAGGAUAACUUAGAAAUUCUAGAAACAAGGUAGAACUGCUCAAAGUUUAGUGUCAUAAUUGACUUCAAGAUCAACAAUCAACAGUUAAAAUAACUCUGGACAUGCUUUAUCAGCAUGUGUAAGCUUUUCAGCUUUAUUAUACCUGAUUAAUACUGCUCUUAUUAAAUGGUGGCAGUUGUGUAUAAAUUAAAAUAGAUUGUUCUGUCUUGAAAGUUCUGUACCACAAUGGCCUUAAUCUUAUAACAGUAAUAAUUGGUAGAUUCUUAUUUACAAUCCCUAUACUCUAAGGCAGUAUCUUUUUUAAUUGCUGUGGGCUGUGAAGAAACUGGGCCCUCGAACCCAAGGAAAAUGCACAUACACAUCAAAUUUGCAUAGAAUUUAAAGGGAUGCUGUAUU